AUGCCUUCAAGACUUUCGCUCCGGCUACUAGGACGCUCUGUUCAGCAGACUAAUGCGCCAAUCAUCAGAAGCACAGCCGGCUUGACAAGAUGCUUUUCGAGCCGGCGCCCCUCGCUUGCGCAGCCUCCGCGGAGCUGGACACCGACACCGUUCGUAACAGAGACAGUGGAACGCAUUAUCUGCCUCAACGGCGAGGUGGACGACACCCUCUCCGCCUCGAUUGUUGCCCAGCUCCUCUUCCUCGAGGCCGAUAACCCCUCGAAGCCGAUCCAUCUCUAUAUUAACUCUCCGGGAGGCUCAGUGACAGCAGGUCUUGCAAUCUACGAUACCAUGACAUACAUCUCUGCGCCCGUCAGUACAAUCUGUGUUGGUCAGGCCGCUUCGAUGGGCUCCCUCCUCCUCGCCGGAGGGCAUCCCGGGAAGCGCUACUGUCUUCCACACUCCUCAAUCAUGGUCCACCAGCCCUCAGGUGGCUACUUCGGGCAAGCUAGUGACAUCGCCAUUCAUGCAAAGGAGAUCCUGCGUGUGCGUACUCAGCUCAACCAGAUCUAUCAGCAGCAUCUCACUGGCAAGCAACAAUUGUCUCUUGAGGAAAUCGAGAAGAUCAUGGAAAGAGAUUACUUUAUGGGUGCGAAGGAAGCUUUGGAUCUUGGUGUUAUUGAUGAAAUCUUGGAUCGCCGGGUCCAAAAGGACUCUGGCGAGGAGUCCAAGCCCCCUACUGCCUAA